AAAGAUAUCAUGUACACGUGGAGAGCUGCUUUGACACACAAGUUGCUAACAUUGCUACCUGGAUGGGAUUUACACCAUAAAAGAUCGUCUCCUGCAGAUCAUGCUCAUGUAACUGGGCAGAUGCCAGUGAAAUGACCAUUAUCUUGCGGAAGUAAACAGGACUUGCCUCCAGAAAUGGUGGUUGGUUCUGCUUCUGCUGAUGACUGUGCUGUUAAGCCAUUGAUGAGUUCAGCUGCUAAGUGGGGAAGGAGGCUUUUCAUAGGAUGUAUUCCAAUUGAAGCUACUUUGAUAAUGUGUGGUUGCAUUCCAGUCAGUUUGGCCAUGUUUUGGACAUGUAUCUUCCCAAGAAGCUUUGGAGGAGAAUAUAAUUGUUUAUUUGGGGACAGUUUGUGGGAAGACCCACAUUGCUGUACUGCUUAUACACAAGCUAAGUCACUUGAUAAGGAAGCCCUAGAAGAAGAUAUGCAUCUUUUUGCCCCUACGGUAGCUCUGGUUCAGCAGGAUCAAAGAAAAGCGUGUCAUAGGGGGUUUGAUUUUGUGAAAUUUGCUAAUGAAAUUUUAGCUGAGUACGCUUCUCAAAAAGUACAUUGGAUAGGCAGAGGUGUGUCAAUAGAUGUUAUCAUGAUAUAUGACACGCCUCUUGUUGGGAUUGGGACAUGCUUGGGCCUAAUAGGCACUCAUGUGGGUGGCUGAGUAUCAAAGGAAAGAGCCUCCAAAUUUCCUUAUUAUCUCAGAGAAACUCAAGGAUUCUUGGAGAGGUCAAAACAGAGGGAAGCUUAAUGAAGAGUUACCUUGAUGUUUAAAGGAAGUGGCUGCAACUCUAUCCUAAGCAGAGCUCUCUGUUGUAACUGGUUUGUACCUUAUUCAAUCCUUCAUGACCUUCGCUUAAAAGUUUGCUAGUAGCUGGGUAUGUGAUUGUUUUGUAUGUAAAAACAAGACAUUGGGUAUGAUUAGGACCAAUCAGGUGUCUAGUAUCAAAGGAAAGAACCUCAGAAGUUCCUUAUGCAGAGUGGUUUGGGCUACUGCCUAUCACAUAUGGUCUAAGAGAAACUCAAGAAUUCAUGGAGAAGAGAUCAAAACAGAGGAAAGCGUGGUGAAGAGUGUGAGAAAAGAUGUCAAGUUUGGAUGAUGUUUAAAGGAAGUGCCUCUAACUUUAUCCUAAGCAGAGUUCUCUGUUGUAACUGGUUUGUACCUCAUUCCAUCUUCUGCUUAAAAGUUUGCUAGUAGCUAAGUUUGUGAUUGUUUUGUCUGUAAAAACAUGUUGGGUAUGAUUAGCACCAAUCAGGUGCUGUUGUUUUGUCUGAAAACUAUCUUUUUGUAGAACUGGGUUGGGGUGAUGUAACACUAUUUUCAUGUUCAGUAGGGAGUUUAUGUCAGGGCAGAAUGCCCUUGUUGUAGUGGACUAGCUGAAGUCUCAGUGUUUCAAAUGUUUCUGUUUGUAUUGGUUUGUUUCAUAUUAAUAGAAAUUUCUGAAUAAU